AUGAACGUUCUACUCCUCCUGAGCCUGCUGCUCUUCAUACCAUUUCUCUUCUUUCUCGCAUUCCUUGCUGCAUCUUCUUGCAUGGGCGACGGCUUCCGCGCAAGAUUUGCCGGUGUCACAUUCAAUCCCCGAAACGCAUCCUUUGGUCGCAACUACACGCGAGGCUUCGGAUCUGGAGCAGGGAGCGCAGGCUGGGAACAAAUUGAGAUGGAAGAUAUGCUUGGAGAGGACAGCGACUCGGAAUGA